AUGACCUCCGUGGAUUUUACAAUUGGAAUAAUUCUCCUUUUCCAGAUAAUCUUUGGAAUCCUGGGAAAUUUCGCACUCUUAUACCAUUAUAUUUUCCUUUACUUCAAUACUUAUAAGGCAAGGUCCAUAGAUUUGAUUCUCAGGCACCUGACAGUGGCCAACUCCUUGUUCAUUAUCUUCAGAGGAAUCCCAGAGACCAUGGCAGCUUUUGGGUUGAAACACUUUCUCAGUAGUGUUGGGUGCAAAAUCAUUUUCUACGUUCACAGGGUGGCUAGAGGUGUGUCUCUCAGCACCACCUGCCUGCUGAGUGUCUUCCAGGCCAUCACCAUCAGCCCCAGGAGCUCCAGGUGGGCAGAGCUGAAAAGGAAGGCCCUAAAGUGCAUUGGUCCCCUUAAUGUCUUCUGCUGGGUCCUGCACAUGUUCCUAAAUAUCAGAAUUCUCAUGCUUAUGACCGCCCAAAGGAAAAAGGAAAACAUGACAAAAGCUAUGGAUUUUCAGUACUGCUCAGCUAGGCCUCAUGACAAUGACCCAGGAUCAGUGUUUGCAGUAUUAGUAUUCUCCAAUGACAUUUUGUGUUUGGAGCUCAUGAUCUGGGCCAGUGGUUCCAUGGUUUUCAUUCUGUACAAGCACAAGCAGUGGGUACAUCACAUCCACAAGCAUAAUAUCUCAUCAAGAGCUUCCCCAGAGACCAGAGCCUGUCGAAGUAUUCUUACUCUGGUGAGUGCCUUUGUGUCCUUCUAUAGCCUGUCUUGCAUUAUUCAUAUUUUAUUUUCUCUUUAUGAUAAUACUACCUGGUGGCUCAUCAAGACUUCUGCCUUAAUAAAUUCUUGUUUCCCCACUGCCAGCCCCUUUAUUCUAAUAAGUCGUGAACACUGUGUAACCAGGCUCAUCUGA